AUGUCUGCGGACUGGUCCGAGAGGUCUCGAGCAUCGAGUGAUCAUGCAGAAAAGGCGGACGACGUCCAUGAACCGGUUGGAGAAGAUGGUGGCUCAGAGCUAGGUCCACGACGGAGUCGGCAAUCCCUUACGCACGCCAGAUCGUACGGGAGUGAUUACUAUGGCUGCAGUACGCCAGCAGAUGUUGAGGAUCCAAAUGCAGAACCAGAAUCUCCGGAAGCUGCAGAAAAAGAAUUCGAAGUCCAGUGGGACGGCGAUCAGGAUCCUUUGAACCCGCGAUCCUUCCAAACCGGCCGAAAAUGGAUCAUCACGAUAAUCUGCUCUCUUGCUUCUUUCUGCGUGACAUGCGUCUCUUCCAUUUAUAGCACCACAUAUGACCAAAUAACCAAGGAGUUCCACGUUUCUCGCGAAGUCGCCACGCUGGGUCUCUCAAUGUUUGUUGUCGGCCUCGGCUUAGGCCCAAUGUGGCUUGGCCCCCUGUCAGAAUUUUAUGGCCGACGACCAAUCUAUUGGGUGUCUUUUACAUUGUUUUUCAUUUGGUUGAUUCCCUGUGCGGUAGCCAAAAACAUCCAAACGAUGAUUAUUGCGAGAUUCUUCAAUGGAUUCGCCGGCAGUGCAUUCCUCUCUGUGGUGGGAGGUACAGUAGGAGACAUGUUCACCAGGGACAAACUGGGUGCGCCUAUGAUGAUUUUCACUGCGAGUCCAUUCUUAGGUCCCGUAGGUGGCCCGCUAAUUGGCGGCUUCAUAAACCAGUUCACUACAUGGCGUUGGUCAUUCUGGGUCACGCUCAUCUGGUCUGGUGUCAUGCUCGGCCUCAUCAUCUUGAUGGUGCCGGAGACAUACCAUCCGGUACUGCUACGAGAGAAGGCUCGUCGAUUGCGAAAAGAGACGGGCAAUGAGCAAUGGAUCGCCCCAAUGGAGCGGACCAAGAAGUCAAUCACAAGGACGCUUACGUGGUCUGUCCUGAGACCAUUUGAACUUCUUUUUUUUGAACCCAUGUGUCUCAAUCUCUGUCUCCUCUCUGCCAUUUUGUUAGGAAUCUUGUACCUCUUCUUUGGAGCAUUCCCACUAGUCUUUGUCAAUAACCACGGCUUUAAGCUGUGGCAGGUUGGACUCACGUUCUUGGGCCUCUUUGUGGGCAUGGUCGCGGGAAUCUCGUGUGAUCCUCUCUUCCGUCGAAACUACCAGCGUCUUGUCCGCGAGCGUGAAGAACAAGGUGGGGAGCCCGGGGGCUCCGAGCCAGAGUUUCGCCUUCCUCCUGCUAUAGUCGGCGCCAUAUUGGUGCCUAUCGGACUCUUUUGGUUUGGAUGGACAUCGUUCUCACACGUUCAUUGGAUCUUGCCAAUCAUCGGCUCUGGCAUCUUUGGAAUGGGGAUGGUCUUAUGCUUUUCAGGGGUGUUUACAUUUCUAGUAGAUGCUUAUCCGCUGUACGCCGCCAGUGCCUUGGCAGCCAAUAGCUUUGCGCGAAGCAGCUUUGCGGCCGCCUUCCCGCUGUUUGGCGUGCAAAUGUACGAACGACUUGGCUAUCAGUGGGCGACCUCUCUACUUGCUUUCCUCUCCGUGGCCAUGGCGCCAUUCCCGUAUCUCUUCUUUCGAUAUGGUAAGCGCAUUCGAGGCAAGAGUCGAUUUGCUGCGGGCCGCAACGCAUAG